CCAAUAGGCACCGAGGAAAGGCGCCUUGGCGUCCGCUCUCAUUGGCCACAGUGGGUGUCUUGUCCAGAGCGCGUCCGCCAAUUAAGUGAAGCGGUCGGGAGCGGAGCGGCCAGGAGCCGAGGUGCGGUACGUGGAGGAGAGAAGGAAGUGGCAGUUUUUCAGGCUCCUAUGGACAAGACCUUGUCUGCCCAUAAGAACUCAUGUGCUAGCAUGCUGAUUUUAUUAUCACUUUGUAACAACACACCAUUGUUAGAAUUCCCAUUUACAUUCUAAAGAGGAAGGGUAACAUUUAGUCUUCAGUGAGGAAGAAGAGACUGAAUUCUCUGGAGUCGGCUUUCUGUGACACAUGUCAGUGAUACAGAGGAACUUACAUUAAAUGGAACAUAAAUAAAGCCUCCUCCAUCUGGACUGUGCUGAUUUGGGGCUGGCAGAGAGCUGUCUUCAGCACCGCAUCAUGUAUCUGCUUUUUGUUGCUUAGACAAGCCUGGGCAUUUCUGUACACAGUGUCUCUGAGGUGCUGUAGUGAGAGAUCCCCAAAAUGUCUAAGUUUCACCAUACCUGAGCUGUCAGUUGCUAUCUGAAAACCCAAAGAGGAAGUGCUUGUUGCUGAUCUGCGUAACUGAGUCACUGUAUAAUGAUGGGAUGUGCUGAUGGCUGAAGUAAUAUUGCUGUCUGCUUUCCUCCUUCAUUGUUCAUAUAAGCUCUUAUAAAUUCAACUCUUUAUCAGAGGCUGUGAAUAAUAAAUAAAGGAGAGCUUGAGGCAAUCCUCAGCUAUACUGGAAGAAGAAAUUCAAGUGAAGGAAAAGAAACAUGCCUUUGUUUAGUAAAUCACACAAAAAUCCUGCUGAGAUAGUGAAAACUUUGAAAGAGAACAUGGCCAUCUUGGAAAAGCAAGAAAAAAAGACAGACAAGGCAUCAGAAGAAGUGUCAAAAUCACUGCAAGCAAUGAAAGAAAUUCUCUGUGGUACCAGUGACAAGGAGCCACCUACGGAGAUGGUGGCUCAAUUAGCACAAGAAUUAUACAACAGUGGCCUUCUUGUGACUCUGAUAGCCAAUUUGCAGCUAAUAGAUUUUGAGGGCAAAAAGGAUGUGUCCCAGAUAUUUAACAACAUCUUGAGACGACAAAUUGGCACUCGAAGCCCUACCGUGGAAUACAUUAGUGCCCAUCCCCAUAUCCUAUUUAUGCUCCUAAAAGGAUAUGAAACUCCACAUAUUGCCUUACGUUGUGGAAUUAUGCUGAGGGAAUGUAUCCGGCAUGAACCACUUGCCAAAAUCAUCCUUUUCUCGGAACAGUUCAGGGACUUCUUCAAAUAUGUGGAAAUGUCAACAUUUGACAUAGCUUCUGAUGCCUUUGCUACGUUUAAGGAUCUACUUACAAGACACAAAUUGUUGGUAGCAGAUUUCCUUGAACAGAAUUAUGAUACAAUCUUUGAGGACUAUGAAAAAUUGCUUCAUUCUGAGAAUUAUGUAACAAAGAGACAAUCUUUAAAGCUGCUGGGUGAAUUGAUUCUGGACCGACACAAUUUUGCCAUCAUGACAAAAUAUAUCAGCAAACCAGAGAACCUGAAGCUGAUGAUGAACCUGCUGCGAGAUAAAAGCCCCAACAUUCAGUUUGAGGCCUUUCAUGUGUUCAAGGUUUUUGUGGCCAGCCCAAACAAAACGCAGCCUAUCGUGGAGAUCCUGUUGAAAAAUCAGCCCAAGCUAAUUGAGUUUCUAAGCAGUUUCCAGAAAGAGCGGACGGACGAUGAACAGUUCACUGAUGAGAAGAACUACUUGAUUAAACAGAUCCGAGACUUGAAAAAGCCAGCACCAUGAAGAGCUCCCCUAACUUUCUACUGUAGGCAUUAAUCUCAUUUGCUCAAUUUCUAUACAUGUACUUUAAAAAUCACAAUAGUGCUUGAGAAGGCAUUGCAAGUGCCUGUUUUUAUUUUGAGUCGUUCACAUAGAUGUCAAGAGUAUAGAGAUUUUACAUGACAACUAAAAAAAAUCUAGAAUAAUAUAUUAUUUUUAAUUAAUCUCUAAUUAUUUAUGUUGGGUUAGGCACUCUGUAUAUUAGAAGCUGGUAAAACAGGUUUUUAUCCGAGAAGGAUAGACCUCUCUGCUUCAACUUUUAUCAACACACUCGAGCUGUCAGUCAGCUACAAUCUUCAGAACUCCUAGUCUGCGCUAUCUUUGCCUUUGCACUUGUUGUUGUGACUUUUUUUUAGGGGGGUAUGUACAUAAGACUGAAAGAGGGGAUUUGGCUAGGGAUUAAUUGGCACUUGUAGUGGAUUUGCUAGCAAAAACAGCAGGGGAUGGAGCCAAAACAAGAAGGUUCACAUUUUCACUUUAUUUUUAUGUUCUUUCUUCUUUGGUUUCACUCUAGGUCAGAGAUUUUCUGUGUAGUCUGGGUACGUGCACCAGGUAACAAGUCAAAGACUUUGGCUGGGCCAGCACACGCUCUCCGCUUUCCACUUCUCUGUCCAUGGUCUAACCACCAGGGAAGUGUAGGCUGUCCCAAGCUCCAGUCUUGUAAUAACACUGAUUAGGAGCAACCUUAGCUCUGCUGGUGGUUAGAUUGGGAAGUGGGAGCAAUGCAGCAUGGCCAAGGAGAGAGGUGUGUUACCUAAGGUCUUCCUAAUUCUGCUACCAUUGAAAUCGGUGAAAAUCUUGGCAUUGACUUCAGUGGCAACAGAACUAGUCAUUAUUCAGUGCUUCUUAUUCAGAACCUAAUCCUGCAAAGUGCUGAGUAGCUUAAUUUCCCAUUGGCUUCCACAUGAGUGAAGACCGUCAAUACUUCAUAGGAUUUAGUCCAAGAACUAAGUGCUAAGGGACGCCCAGGUAGAAUGCUAAUUAUACAAGCCAGAAUGGGUGCAGGUGUGUGCUUGGGAACCUCUGAUGGAGAUUCUGUAGUGAUUCGGUUUCUGCUCCUUCAGACAUGCCUGUGUAGGAAAUACUUUGCCCAUAACUUUCAGAUCUGGGUUUCUAAAAGUAGGCUUCUGAGUAUUUCUAGGUACCUAAUGAGGAAUAGCCUCAGUCUGAAAUGUUGAGUGAUUCCCAGCUCUCACUGAGUUGAUGGGAGCUGCAGGAACUCUGGAAAUCAAACUGCUUAUUUAGAUUCUUAAAUGAGGCUUUUGAAGCCUAAUUGGAGGCCCUGUGUUGGGAAAUUUGCUUUUUGUGGUGAGCAUGUUUCAUCCUUGUUCAUUUAGAUGUGAAUUCUGUUUGUACACUGAACAUUUUGGAAGAGGAAUCAUUUCACUGUGAUGUUUUAAGUUUAAUAAAGCCUUGGGUCCAAAAAAGA